AUGGAAAUGAAGUAUUUUGGUGCACUGAUUUACAUUGUAUUUUGUCUGUUUUAUUUUAGGGCAAAAUGUUUUCGAGGAAAGAAGCUUCAAGGAGAUUAUGACAUACGAGUUGAACAAGCUGAAUUUUCAGAAAUAAAUCUUAUUGCUCAUUCUGAUGGGACGUUCGCUGUAGAUCUGCAAAUGUUCCGAAAUGGGACCCGAGUUGUCAGGUCUUUUCGACCAGAUUUUCUUCUCAUUCGACAACAUUCCUUUAGCAUGGCAGAAAAUGAAGACUUUCGCAACCUCAUCAUUGGCAUGCAGUAUGCCGGUAUACCUAGUGUAAACUCUCUGGAGUCCAUUUACAACUUCUGUGAUAAGCCAUGGGUGUUUGCCCAACUCGUAUCUGCCUAUAAAACUUUGGGAGCAGAAAAGUUUCCCCUAAUUGAGCAGACAUACUACCCAAACCACAAGGAGAUGCUUGCCAUGCCAUCGUUUCCUGUUGUAGUUAAGAUUGGACAUGCACAUUCCGGAAUGGGAAAGGUGAAGAUAGAGAACCACUAUGAUUUCCAGGAUAUCGCUAGUGUUGUGGCCUUAACACAGACCUAUGCCACCACGGAACCCUUCGUAGAUUCUAAAUAUGACAUCAGGAUUCAGAAGAUAGGAAACAACUACAAGGCAUACAUGAGAACCUCCAUAUCAGGUAACUGGAAGACCAACACUGGGUCUGCAAUGUUAGAACAAGUGGCUAUGUCCGAUAGGUAUAAGAUGUGGGUUGACACUUGUUCAGAAAUCUUUGGUGGCCUAGACAUCUGUGCUGUGAAGGUUGUGCAUGGAAAAGAUGGAAAAGAUUACAUAAUAGAGGUCAUGGAUUGUACAAUGCCAGUGAUCGGUGAGCACCAAGUGGAGGACCGACAGGCUAUAGCUGAUUUGGUUGUAACCAAGAUGGAUUAUGUUCUGUCCAAAACUCCAAUUCCCUCCCCGCAGAGACCAACAGCAACUGCACAGCCACAGAGCGGAACGAUGAAAGAAUCUGAGCAGAGCAAGAUUCCAGCACAACGACCUCCACCUCAAGGGGGCCCAUUGCAACCCCAAGGAUUAGAAUCUGAUAAUCUGCCCCCACAUGGUGUGGACAAGCAAACGCCUUCAGGUCAAGUUCUCCUUCCACAGAAUGAACCAUCAUCUGUAGGACACACAUCAUCUUCUGUCAGCAGCGAGGAGCCCCUGCCCAGCCGUCAGACGGAGCCCCCUCAAAAAACGCAUCCACCGUUGAACAAGUCCCAGUCUCUGACCAACGCCUUCAACUUCACCCAGUCAUCGUUCUUCCACUCAUCAAACACCAACGAUGAAGCAAAAGCAGACACUAUCCGGAAUCUAAGGAAGUCCUUUGCCAGUCUGUUCUCUGAUUAAAUCACAUAAAACCAAUAGUAAAGGAUAAUUCUGCAGCUAACACUAUGGAGCGUAUAUAAUAACCUAAACUCAAUAUUUACAAGAGAUGAACUAUAGGAAGCUUCUUACCUCUGUGUAUUAGCAGUAGGCCUCCUUGCCAUAAUACUCGGAGCAUACGUGUUUGUUGCUGGUGUAUAAGCACUAUUGUGGUGUGAAAAUUCAGGUAUGGAGACUGAGCCAUAAUCUCCAGCUUUAACAGUUAUCCCAUAUAUAUAUAUAUAUAUAUAUAUAUAUAUAUAUAUAUAUAUAUAUAUAUUAUUUUUUAUUUUUUUGUCAAUCCCUAUAGAUAAGAUGGUAGAGUGCCUGAAAAAAAAAUAGCUCUUCUGAUUGAGUUUUAGGUGUUUCCAUGAUUUUUGUGCUUGUAUCUACCCAUUAGUUUUCCCCUGAACUCUUACAGCUCCAACCAGCUUGGACUAUAGUGCCAAUAUAUUAUUCAGUCUAUGUUCUAGUAGGGAUUGUUAUUCAUUUACAAAUAAGUCAUAUGAGCCGGCUUUACUACAACUCCCUUCAUCCACUAGCGACUUGUUUCUCACUUGCAUCAGAGAUAUAUUUUCCCUUUUGCUUUGGGCUUCCUACCAAAACCAGAACCAGAUCUCAAAAUCGAGAACUGGAGAUUGCAUUACUUUACCAUGUAGCCAUCUUUCCUAGUUUGUGGUUUAUAAAACAAAAUAGGAAACGGACUUCUAGAGACUACUUUGCCUAAAUCUGGCCAUACACUUUAGAUUAUUGUAGGGCAAACCCAACAAUUUUGAUGAGAUCCAUCAACCAUGUAAUGUCAAUGGUGGCUUCCUAACUCUUCCCUUACAGAUAAUAUUGGACAGAAAAGGAUCAGGAUAUUGUAUUUCUCAGAAGAGAUAUGCUGCCACCAGAUAGUUCUAGCAAUGGCUUACAUCCCUCUUUCCGCAUCUAUAUGGGGGAAUAGAGAAUUCGGCUGACAGCUAACUAAUAUUAAAAUUAUCAAGCUUAAAGAGGUUCCCAAAUUUUCACAUAUUGAUGGCCAAUCCUCGGGAUAGGCUAUCAAUACCUAAUCGAUGGCUUCCCGCUGGUCAACUGUUCUGUACAGCCACCAUGACCGGACGUGCACUUUGAAUGGAGCCAAAAGCAGAUGACUCUUCACUGUGUAACGGCUGUGAGCAAUCUGCUUCUGCCCUCCUCGUAUGUCAAGAUACCUCAGCUAUGAUGAUCAGCUGGGGAGCAAGAUGUUGGUUUCCUGACAAUAGGCCAUCAAUAUGUGGAAUAGGAGAACCCCUUGAAAACCUUUUGCACAAGAGUGUAUUAGAAUAUUACAUUAUAUAUUGCACAAACAGUGCCUAUAGCUCCACAGUGUACAGCAUACAGGGACCCCUGCUAAUUUUGUAUGUUUGCCCACUGACAAAGAAAUGAUUAGUCUAUAAUUUAACAGUAGGGUUGUUUGAGCAGUAAGAGACAUAAUAACACAAAAAAUCCCAAAAAAACACAUUUCAAAUAAGUUAUUAAUUAAUUAGCAUUUUAUUUAGUGAAAUAAGUAUUUGAUCAGGAAGAUUUCUGGCUCCCAGGUGACUUUUAUACAAAUGACAAGCUGAGAACAGAAGCACUCUCUUAACCCCUUGCCGCAUAUGGAUGUUUAUAAACGUCCAUAAGCAGCUCCCGAGAUAUGACACGCGCUCAGCAGGUGAGCGCACAUCAUACCCUGUGGGUCCAGGUUGCUAUGAGCAACCAGGACUCACUGCUAAUGCCGGACAUCGGCGAUCGGGCUGAUGUCUGGCAUUAGCUCUUUAGACGCGGCUAUCAAAGUUGAUCGCCGCGUCUAAAGUGAAAGUAAAAGCUUCCCGGCAGCUCAGUCGGGCUGACCGGGACUAUCGCGGUAAAAUCACAAUUUCCCGAUCAGCUAGAACGCAAGAGGAGGGUGCCUUACCUGCCCCCUGCAUGUCCGAUCAGCGAUUUAUUGCUCCAAGCCUGAAAUCCAGGCUUGAGCAAUCAACCGCCGAUAACACUGAUCAAUGUAUUACAAUGCAAUGGCAGGGAUCAGUGUAUUGAAUCAAUGUACUGCAUGUUAUAGUCCCCUAUGGGAACUAUAACAUUGCAAAAAAAAAAGUGAAAAAAGUUAAUAAAGAUGAUGUAACCCCUUCCC